AUGGAAGAGUAUUAUGCAGUCAUGUUUAUGUUUGAGCAUGGUUUAAGAUGGGCUAUUGGUAAUGGUGAAGUUGUUCGAAUAUGGAAGGAUAUAUGGUUGCCUAGACCUCUUACAUUUAAAAUUCUUACACCGGCAACUCCUACUCUUGGAGAGCUGAUGGUGAAGAAUAUAAUCUCCAUGGAAGAUAUGUGUUGGAAGAUUGAUUUGUUGCACCAAUUGUUUGCAAAGGAAGAGGGUUUGUAUGGAUACUCUCCCAACAAGGACCAACCUGAUAAAGAGGGAAUUAUGCUUGAAACUUCAUGCCCGAGGUGUGGUGCGGUUGAAGAGACUGCACAUCAUGUUCUAAGGGAUUAUAAUUUCUCUCGUGCAGUGUGGUUCACUGCACCAGUGGGUAUGGGGACAUUCGGAAGCCAUGAUGUCUCUUCAAAGAAGUGGUUGUUCCAGAUUUGCGAGAACAAACAGGUGGAUUUUGAGGUAGUACUACUACUAAUGAUGAUUUGGGCCCUGUGGAAAGAAAUGAAUGGUGUGGUAUGGGAUGGGCAUUUCUUCGAGCCUUUAGAGGUGGUUCAAAGAACGCUCAGCUGGCUAUAUGGUUUCCAGGUGGCCAACCAACCUAGCCAAGUGGAGGAGCCAAAACAUCUGCGGUUAUCAUUUAGUGAUCAGUGGUUUAAACUGAACGUUGAUAGCACUGUGAAACUGAAAGAUUGA